CCAUACGCGGCUCCCACCGACUAUGCGACCAAACUGUCCCAAGGCCCCGCCUCCUCUGCAUCGUCAAUGUCCCCCAACUCCCUCUCGCCGACUUCCUCGUCUUCCUCUCAAAUGAUGACCCCUCCCUACAAAACGUACGGCCAAUCACCCCAGGGGUCUACACUGCCGACGCGCAGAUGCAAUCCCAGGUUCCUUACAACCAGCUACAGCACAUGUCGAACGCCCCCGCAGAGGCUAUGACCGCAGCGAAGAGCUCUGGAAUUGCCACCAAGCGCGGUAGCCAGGCCUCUACCGCUGUUUCUGCUCACAAUGCUGUCCGCCGUGGCUCUGCUUCUACUCGCGCCAAUCCUCCACAAGAGACUUCCGAGCAAAGCGCAAAGGGAGGCAAGAUCACCAAGCCAAAGAAGACAGCACACAACAUGAUCGAGAAGAGAUAUCGCACAAACAUCAACGAUAAAAUAUCCGCUCUUAGAGACUGUGUGCCCGCUCUCCGAUGUGCCGUGACUGGCAGUGCUGCGGAUGAUGAUGACGAACUCGAUGGCCUCACGCCAGCAAACAAGCUCAACAAGGCCACCAUUCUCACAAAGGCUACUGAGUACAUCAUGCAUCUUCAGCAGCGAAACUCCCAACUAAUGCGGGAGCUCAAGGAGCUUUCCGACAGCAAAUUCUCCAACCAGAACGGCAUGAUGGCGGCUGGUUCCUCCGCCAACGGCGGCGCGAUGAUGGGCGGCGUUCCCAUGGCUUCGCAGGGUGCCAACGGUGGUAUCGGAUCUGGUAUGUCGAUGGGCGGCACUGGACGUAACAUGAUGGGCAAGUUGAUGAUGGGCUCGAUGGCCGGUAUGAUGGUUGCAAACUCGUUUAACGACGUCGACGGCCAAGAUACCCGUGGACUCGCUGCCAUACCUUUCAUGAUCCGCACUGGGAUCAACACUGCCUUGGGACCUCACGCACAAGCUACUUUCGGGCUUCUUCGUGGAUUCCUCAUUCUCGGCGCUGUCAUGUACGUUUUCUACCCGUCACUAUUCGAAGACAACUCGAGCAACAAGGGUCUCAAGAACCAGCCUGCUGUGUUUGCCGCGCAGCCUCUUUCUGUCAGCAGUCCUCUCGAAGUUCGCCAACGCGCCUGGCUGACUGCCAUCCGGACGGUCAACGUACCACCUCGGGUGGCGCCUCUGGAGUUUGCUGCGGUGAUGAAGAAGAUCUUCAAGCUUGCUCUGCGGCGGGUAGUUGGAUUCGAUGGCUACCGUUUGCUUGUGGGCACCACGGAGGAAGAAGACCAGGUCCGCAUUGCUGCCUGGCGAACGGCGAUCGAAGCUCAGCUAGGCGGUGGUGACGCCGAGUGCUCUCAUGUUCGUCUUUUGAUCACUCUGCUGGCAAGUUUCUUGAUUCGCGCUACUCCUGUUCGCCUGAUGCUCCAAGCACUGCAUCUCAAGGUCCUUCUUCACGACUAUCCGUUCUUGCAAGGCGUCUCUGAUAGAUGCCAGCGUGCGCUAUGGGAGGAAGCCCGUGAGCUGCAGCGUCAGCAGCAAGAAUCUGGCGAGGUCACGGACGGAGAGAAGACUCCUGAGCACCUCGUCAAUCUUCUUGAGUGCGAUGACAUCUUCGACAGAGACACGGUUACUCUUGCCUACAACCUUGCCUGGAACAAUCCCUGCCACAAGGGUCUUUCCGUGUGUUACCGCGAUGACGGUGUGUCGUCCAUGGUUGACGACUCAUCCCUUCAGAGCCCGCUCGACGCUCUGGCGGCUUGGUACUCGUGCCGCAAGCUCCGGAGCGUCCUGGUCGAAGCUCUCGACGAUGUCCCGGAUGCAGCGGUGCUUGCUACUAGCGUCAAGGUUGCGCCUCCCAACUCGAUCGUCCACCGACGAGCGCUUAUUGCGCGGUCUGUGCUGCUGGGUGACAUUUGCCCCGAGUACACUCGCGAGAUGAUGGAGGCCGUUCGCGAGGAUCUGAAGGUUACCAAGAAGUCGCCGGGUGCGCCAGUGCGCUCGAUGCCAGUGACACAGAGCAAGGUGGUUACUCCUCAGUUUGUUGAACAGCAGCAGGAGCCGGGCAACAUGUCGGCGAUUGCAUCAUCAUCAGAAGAUGAGGAGGAAGAUGCCGACUCGAGCGAUGAAGAAGUUGACGAUGACGUUGAGAUUGACACGAUCUCAGCUUCGAUCUCUGUUACUUCGUCUGAGGAUGCCGACGCCAGCCCUGCGACUGGAACAGGAGAGAGCGUUUCACGAAUGCUGUCGUCUCCCGAUAUUCGCGUGGCAGUCCGAUGCGCCUUGAUCCAGACCGUCCUACCCUCGCGUCCGUACGUGGCCGAGAAGCUGUACUCAUCCCUCAAAGUCUACGACGCCAGCGAACUUGGUCUUCUGGGCUUCGUCGCUGUUCUGACCACAGUUCGCAAGAUGCAGCGCCGCCGCCCGGUCGAGAAAUCGAGCGAAGCGCUGAUUGGCCAAGCGCGGAUCUGGAUCGGCGGCGACGAAGGCGAGUCGGUUGGUAUCCCGACCGAGACCCGUCGUGAGCUGGUGAAGGAGUGCGUCAAGAUGGGUCUGCGGUUAGGCGGCUACGCGGACGCGAUCGAAGGCGAAGACGAAGAUGAAGGGUAUGCUACCGGCGAGUAAUAGUUGGGUUUGUGAAUAUUGCUUGUCGUUUCGUUUUCGAACGGAAAAAGGGGUGUAAGAUGAGCGAAAUCUGAGAGUUGGGAAGUACCAAGGUGUUAUAUAAUUUUGCUUUUUCAAGUGUAUUUGUUUCUGUUUUCUCUUGCGAGUGGUCGCUUUCUAUACAUAAAAGAUCUAUUUUGUGCACGUUCUAAUGACAACGCUCUAAUCUUCUACUUAACAA